AUGGAAGCCUCCGGACAUUCCGCGACUUCAACACCUAGGUGCAUGCGAGGAAUAACAUUAAUUCACGUUGGGAAACGUAUUUAUCGCGUUCCUACCACCUCGAUUCCGAAUAACACUGUCGCCAAUCAUACGAUGUUAGCCCGUCAAUUUUCGGCUAUUGAAAGUUCCGAAGCUAAAAAUGAAACUAGAGGUGAAGCCGUAGAUGAUAAUGACAAAAUAUUAAAUGAAGAAAUUACAAUUAGUCUCACAUAUCCUCAACAUCUACAAAAAUUUAUAUUUGGAAAGAGUGGGUCUACAUUAAAUCAAAUUCAACGCGACUCGAGAACUACAAUCACAAUACAGCGCGGAGACGAUAAUGUUGUAAUUAAGGGUACAAAAAAAAAUGUGGAAAAGGCUAAGAAACGUAUAGAAAAUGCUGUUAAAUGGGGAGUUGACAGGUUACAACCAACUCAUUUUAUUUCUCUACCGCUUACGGACCUACUCCUUCAGCAGAAAGUUGCUGAUUUCCAAUCGGAAGUAGCUUCACUUGCUAUUCCCAAUAUAGAUAAAUCAAUAUUUAUCAAACCAGCUUCAUUACAUCUCACUAUGGGUGUGUUAAAUCUACAUAUGAAAGAGGACAUCGAAAGUGCUGUACGAUUGCUUAAAAGUUUAAGUGCAGAGAUUUAUGACUUGGUAGGCACACAAUCUGUAGUUGCCAAAUUGUUAGGAAUAGCAAUCAUGGAAAAUGACCCUGAGAAAGCGAAUGUUAUAUAUGCAAAGGUAGAGGAGUCUGAAGGUCGAGACGUUAUUAUUAAAAUAGCAGAAUUUUUAACAACCAAGUUCACGGAAGCAGGUUACAUGAAGAAGGAAAAUCGUCCAUUCAAGCUUCAUACAACAUUAAUAAAUACUAGUCACCGAAAAUUCGCAAGUAAGGAUAAAUAUAAACGGAAUCGUCGAAUACCAUUUUCUGCCAUCCAAAUUCUUAAUAAAUACGCAGAUAUUGAUUAUGGAACGAGUAAGAUUGAAAAAAUUCAUAUUUCAAAAAUUGGUGCUUACGAUGAAAGUGGGAUGCAUAGGAGCGAAGGACAUAUCAAUUUGCCAUAG